AGUUGGGCCUGGGGCCUACCAGGGGAAUGACACUCAGCCUGGGACUUCAGAGACUAUUGACAAAGAGCUAGAGUUCGUGAGCAAGCUACCUCCUUUGAACCAUGAUGGAAUACGAUUUGUGACCGAUGAAAAGAAGUGUAAGGUCAAACUGGAUUCCAACCUACGCUGCAGGAACGAACUCUCCCUGCCACGGCAGGCCUGGCAAUAUUAAGGACACCAUCCAUCCAACCAAGAAGUCCCUAAGCAGGGGCGUGGGGAAUCAGAUCUUAGCACAAUGUCCUCCUCCAGACGGAACACUGGGUCGGCACGGGACAGCAGGGGAUCGCUGACUCCCCACCGAUGUUUGCUGUCAGAUUUAUAUACAUCUCUUCAGAAUUUUAACAAUGAGAACAAGAAAUCUAAUCUCCAAAAAGUCUGUGGCACAUCAUUUAAGGAAGCUCAGGAGACCCUUGAGAAAACCCUGAAUGUCUCACCAUUGGACAGCUCUGAGACUGUGAGUGGCAAUGAGCGCCUCCCUGUGGUCAUACAGACUGAGGUUAAGAAAAAGGAGCAGAGGUCACCGUCCAUGUCAGAUCUACUUCACCAAAGUCUGUUAAUGGGUUACAUUGCUCCAUUGGAUCAGGUAUACAGCUCCCAGCAGAGACUGGCCCAGGCCGGUAUCCCUCCUCCUAUACUCGACUUUCCUUAUGGUUUAAGAGACGAAGUGCCCUUAGUUGCUCCAACACAACACUUCAGGAAAAGGAUUCAAAGCAUGACAUUCCGAAAACUUCUCUUGUCUUCCGUUACCCCAGGCAGGCUGUUCUACGAAGAAAAAUCAGUAAGCCAUGUCUCCUCAGAACCAGGAAAGCAGUUCCUGGACCUGGCAGACCUUCAGUGGAGGUAUUUCAAGGGGCUUGCGACGUGGGGGAAAGUGCCCAGGAUGUUUUCAUUCAUGGACAUAGAGUUCAACAGUGAGAAGAGAUUUGUAGGCAGCCAAGGCAUGCCUGGCUUUAUCUUCCCGCCUCUGGUUCGUAAGACACUGGUGGUUUACCCCCAGGUGGAGUACGAUGAUUUGGGCCACUAUUCUGUUAAGUGGAAAGCCUAAUCUACUGAACGUUUCUAGAUGUGGAUAGCUGCACUUGGGAACCCGGAGUCGAUACAAGAGGCAGAAAAGCAUGCGAUCCACUUUCCUAUGCAAUAUCUGUGCAAAGACUACAUUAAAAUGAUUGUGUGAAGGAAAAUUUCCAGUGGAUCUGCUAAUGUUAGCCUGGUUCACAUGUGCGAUGCUCAUCUGAACAGUGGGUGAAGGGACCUUUUGGUGGAUACACAAAAAUAGCUCUCAAUCAAAAAAUGGAUCUUUACAAUGGUUUCUUUCUUCCUUUGUUUGUUUGUUUCCUUUUAUCUUUCUUUCAUUGUUUCUUUUUGCCAUCAAUAAGAAAUUUACUUAUUUAAGAAAAAAAAAAUCCAAAUGCUGGCAUUGUCCAGAAAAUGUCAGCAGGUCAUAAAGUUGAACUGUCGAAAUGUGUUCACUGAAACAUUUUGCUUGCACUAAUGCUUUACAUCGUGCAUAUAUAUUAAAAUUCACGCACAAAGGAGUGUGAAGAAGCUGCCAAUACCUGAUUCUGUCCCCUAUGUUUCCACUCACAAUCAUAUACUUAGAUACCUUUGACCCCAUGGAAAAAUAUCUAACAUUCCGAACCACUGAUAACAGGAAGAAGAGAGAAAAAAAAAUCCUUUUGAGAAUGAAAUGUUUCCCCUCAUAGUGGACUCUUAAGCACGUUCUCUGUGUAUGCGGCGUGCUAGCUGGAUAUCUUUUGGCAUAACUGUUACAUGUUUGGCACGGAUAGCACUCAAGCUAGUAUCUUCAAAACGGCCAACCAGAUAGGACUCAUUUGCCUCCUACAAAGCACCAGUAGCUGCAUUCUGGAAGCACAGAUCUGUUUUGAAUUCCUGAGCAAUUUCUCGCACCAGGCGCUGAAAGGGGACCUUGCGAAUCCGAAGUUCAGUGGACUUCUGACAGCCUCUGAUUUCACGGAAUGCACCCUACCAGCUCUGAACCGAUGAGGUUUCUUCACACCGCACACCAUCCCCCAGUAGAGGGUUCACUCUUGCUCGAGCGGCUUUUGUAGCCAGUUAUUUCUGGUGGGUUUGCAUGCAGUUCUCUUUGUGUGAGCCAUGGUAUGGCCACCUCCUUAUUUAGCCCCCUUCUCCUUAUCUGGAGAGCGGCAACCGAGAGGCAGCGCUGAUGUUAGAGAGUGGCGACGGCUGUGAACACUAUAAAAUUUUCUUGCCUACCCAAGUUUUCAAGCUGAAGCCCCAGUAUUCUACACCUCCCACAGUUAAAUACAUGGUAAUUCCAUCACCAUAAAAAAGAAUUGAAUGACACACAAAUAGAAGAAUUAAAAAUGAAUAUAGAGAUCAAUGUGAAAACUAUCAGUUACUCAAAGUUAGGAAGGACAGAGCAACCAUAAAAUGAGAACAGGAUGACCUGAAAAAAGAACAAAUUGAAUAUCUUAAAAGCAAAAGUUAAAUAAUUAAAAUAGUAAUAAUAAUCCCCACUUUAAGCCCCCCAAAUCUGGGUCAUUCUGAAGAGACCUGCUAAUGACUGAGAUGGCUGUACUGGCAAGCUUCUAGCUGUUGAUACAUAAUAAAGGAAGCUAUGAAAGAUCUGGCUGGUAGAGCAAAUGGAUAAAGCACAAGACAGCAAAAUGGAAAGGAGGUGAUUUAACUCAGCAUCAAACAUUUUGUUAUAUAAUAUGAAGGAAAGAGAUGGAAGAGAGGGCUUAGUGGCAGAGAACUUAUCUAUACAGGACAAGGCACCUGGUUCAAUCCCCAGGAGUGAAAAAGAGAAAAUAACAAAGUUGCACAAUUGUACAGAAAUGAUGAAACACACGAGGACUCUUAUCAUGUUACUAGCAAGAAUUUAGAAAUUAAUACCACCCCUGGCAACAGUGUAGCAAAACUGCAGAGCAUUCAACAGUAAAGGAAACAGGAUCUUCCAAAGAAGGGCAAGUUUCACUCAAGCAAAUCAGUGGACAGUGGAGUUUAAUAAGCAUGAAACACUGGAAGGCAAAGGCCUCACACUACAAAGACGGAGGGAAGCCAAUUUUCAAACAGUCAAACUCUCUUCAAAGAGCUAGAGGUCAAAUAAAUGCAUUUAAAU